CGAUUGGUUGGUCAAUCAAGUCGGGCCAAGAUCGGCGCGUCACAAGAUGGGAAAUCCUCACUGACGCGAAUGGAUGACGCAAUCCGAGUACCGCCUAACUAACCAAUGGCGAUUCGGCCGAAGGCUCCGUGACCUUUGACCCGCUGGGUUUGCGGCGUCAUGGCGGAGGUCAUGCGGAGUUUGGCAGCGGAAAGCCCCCCGCCGCCGCCCCCGCUGCCCCCCCCGCCGCCGCCGCCCCCCCCGCGGGGCUCCGCAUUGCUCCUGGCGACGGCGCAGCAGGCGGGCGGCGUCGGGGACCGCGGCGGGGUGAGGGAGCUCCUGCGGCGGCAGAAGGCCCGGUUCAGCCGGGAUCUGACGUGGUUGCUGUUCCUCCGGCCCGUCCCGUCCCUCAUCCAGGAGGGCCCGCAGUGUGGCUUGGUGGCCCUUUGGAUGGCCGGCGCUCACCUCGGCCUGUCUUCGGAGGUUCCCCUGGAGAGAAUUCGGCAGGUGGCUUUGGAGAGAGGCUACACGGCACAAGGAGAAAUGUUCUCAGCUGCUGACAUGGCCAAGCUGGCCGAGGAGGUCUUCCCCUGUAAAGCAGAGCUGCUCUCUGGAGGCCUGCAAGGACAGAACCAUGACAGGAUUCUUCAACAUCUCAGGGCUGGCUUCCCUGUGCUGAUACCCUACGACGAGGACUACAACCACGAGCCCUGCCUCCGGAAGGGCUACAAGGCUCACUGGGCUGUUGCCUCUGGAGCUCUGCUUGGUCUGAAGAGUAACUUCCGCCUGCCUGCCUGCCAGGAAGACGAAGACAUCCCGGGGCUCUUCCAUGCCAGCCACACUGCUUCAGCCAUCCCUUUGGAGGCCGUUGCUGAGACCUACUUGCUGUCAAAGCAUGGCAAGAGCUGCCGCUACCAGCUGUGGAGCUAUGCUCAGAUACAGGAGAGCAACGGCCAGCUGACGGGCUUCAGUCCCCAGCGGGCAGCCGACGGGAAGGUGUACAUUGUGCCCGCAGGGGGCGUGCGAGAGGGACUGUGUGGACAAGCGGUGCUGCUGCGGCCAAAGGCAUGAGGCGCUCUGGUGGCAUCAAGUUGGCACUAGCUUUGCAGAAGCACCAUUGGGCUGUUAAAGGGUCUUAGACAAAUGCAUGGGAACUGCUGACAUUUAGCAAUGCCUUGAGACAGGGACAUUAGGGGGCAAGAAAAAGAGGUGUCCUUCCUUCAUGCAAAGCUCCAGGACGCCUGAACAAGGUUGGGGAGAGACUAGCUUAUAUUUGGAGCUCGCUUAUGCCAACCAACCUGGCAUUAGAACUUUGUGUUUCAAUAGAAGGAAGAAUGGAGGAAAGGCUUUAGCUUAAAUGUCCUCUUUUUGCCUUUAGAAAUUAGAAUAGCUUACUGUUCUGAUUAUAAAUGAAGCCAACUUUGAAACAAAGCAGGGGGGAAUAGAAAUGCUGGUGUGAAAGUCAAGUGACGGCCUGCCUUUUCACCCUGUGCUGGUGUUAAUAAAGACACGUUGGGCCUUG